CAGGAUCCUCGAUGACGUCACCAAACUUCAGAUUCAUGUUUUUAUUUCUGCGUGAGAACAAAGUUUGUGUUCAGAAGCGACGAGCUGCAGCUGUUUAAGUGUUCUUCAGUUAAAAGUAAUCUAUUACAUCCACAGCAGCAGCAUGACGAUGGCGGAGGCAGCGGCUCCGGAUCUGUUCUCAGAGCAGGAGUUAACCUGCUCCAUCUGCCUGGAUCUGUUCGACGAGCCCGUCUCCACACCCUGCGGACACAACUUCUGCCAGGCCUGUAUCGGGGGUUACUGGGCGUCCAGUCCUGUCUGCACGUGUCCUCUGUGUAAGCGUCAGUUUGAGGAACGUCCUCGUCUCAGCGUCAACAAAGUCUUCGCUCUGAUAGCAGAUAAAUAUAAAGUGGCUCGUUAUGGCGCUGCUGGGUUAUCAGCGCCGGUCAGGAACGGCGAGACGGCAUCGCUGACUGGCGCCGUGACGACGGGCACAGACCCGGGCAGCACCAACCCAUUUGUGACGGCAUCCGGUGAGGAGGUGGUGUGGUGUGACGUGUGCACAGGUGUGAAGCAGCCGGCCGUCAGCUCCUGUCUCACCUGCACCGCCGCCUACUGCGCCGAGCACGUGAAGCCACAUGAGACCACGCCCUUCUACGCCAAACACCCGCUGAUGGACCCCCAGGAGGCCCUCAGGGGCCGGACCUGCACCGCACACCGCCGCCUGCUGGAGGUGUACUGUCGGACAUGUCAGCGCUGCAUCUGUGCCAUCUGUGUCCUGGAGGAACACCGAACACACAAAACCGUCUCAGUCCAAACUGAGCGGCUCAGCAAACAGAAACAGGUAGCGAGGACGGAGCAGGAGGUCCUGAACCGGAUCAAGGAGAGAGAGAUUCACGUGACUCAGCUGAAGAGGAAACUGGACAGCGUCAAAACCUACGCAGACGGAGAGCGAGGUGAGGUGGAGCAGCUCCUGGACCAGGUGUCCAGCUCGUUGGACAGGAUCCGGUCUCAGGUGGUGGGCGGGAUCGAGAACCAGCUGGACGCAGUGAUGUCAAAGGGGGAGGGGCUUGUGACCCGUCUGGAGGAGGAGCUUAGCCUGCUGACAGACAGGAGGGCCACGUUGGAGCUCCAGGCUAUCAGUCAGGAUCACAUCGGCUUCCUGCAGAGUUAUGAGGAGGCCACAGCUCCUCUGGCGGAGGAUCAGCAGAACGAGAUGGACGACGACGAGGAGUUCUCCCUCCACUUCCAGCUGGGGGAGGUGAAGAGUGCUCUGUCCGAGGUGAAGGACAAGAUGGACGACAUCAGGAUGGGGGAGGUCCGGUCCCGAGGGUCCAGAGGCUCCUUCUCGUCUGGUGACCUGAUGGCGGCAGAGAGCAUGAUGAGUCUGAGGGCGAGCAGCGCCAGUCUGAGGAAGAGUCAGUGGUCUCUGAGAGAUCUGAAGAGGAACAAACAGGUCACAGGACACAAGAAGGCCCGGGUCUACAUGGAGGAUGUGGUUCUGAACCCGGUGACGGCGUAUCCGUUCCUGAUCCUGUCUGAGGACCGGAAGCAGGUGAAGAGAGGAGAGAAGCUGCAGUUCUACAGAAACAGUCAGCAGCGCUUCGACGUCUGGUCCUGCGUCAUCGCUAAAGAGGGCUUCAGCACCGGGAGACACUACUGGGAGGUGUUUGUUGGAGAGAGUAAGGACUGGAAGCUGGGCGUGGUCAGUGAGUCGGCUCAGAGGAAAGGACUGUUCGACAUGAGCCCCCCCAACGGAUACUACGCCCUCUGGUGGAGCAGCAGCCACCUGCGGGCGCUCACAGCCCCACCUCUGACCAAGGUGAAGAGUCCUCUGAAGCUGCGUCAGGUGGGCGUGUUCCUGGACAUGGACGAAGGUCAGGUGUCCUUCUAUAACGUGAAGUCGGGCUCGGAGAUCUACAGCUUCACUGGAACCUCUGAGUUCACAGAGAGGAUGUUUCCUCUGCUCGGCACCGCAGACAAAGAGGUCCCGCUGGUCCUCAUGACCACCCAGCAUCAGCUGGCCUGAGGGACGAGGGACAGAGACCAGGAGAAAGGGGGUCGAGACCUGAGGGAGGAGCACUGGUUGACUGUGGAGGCGUCUGAUGAUGUCACCGUGACAGAGCGACUUGACUGUUCCGCGUUGUUUCAACAUUCAGGUUUAACGGGAUGUUUUCCCGCUGCAGGAACAACAAGAUGCACGUUCACUGCUGACAUUUUACAGGCUGGACUUUGGUUUCUGCUCAUCCAGACUGUGGCAGCAGUGACUGAACCGGGUCAACCAGGUUCUGCUGAGCGCAGCACAGAACUCAGAGUCCAUCGAGUCAGUGAAUAAAUAAAUAUAAUCAGUGAGAUUUGUGUGCUUUGGAAAACAUGAAAAUGUGACGAAAUAAUGUGUUUUAACCAGAAUCGUAACAUCAACACAGAAAUGUCCUUUUUGAAGUUUUACUUCCUGUCUCCGCCCACCUCACCUGUCAGCCAAUCACAAGGAGCCACCAACGACACCUGAUCACCUGUAUGAACGUUUUUGUAUAUGUUAAAUAAAAUAAACUGUUAAAUCAAGACAAACA